AGUUGCUGCAAAACUUUUCUGGGGGGUGCAGCCGGUGCCCCCCGCGCGCCGGGGCCGGAUGCGCGCCGGGUAGGGUCCCCCGGGCCGAGAGAGGUGCCCGGAGGGAGGAGCGCGGAGGGGGCGCCCUGGCCCCGCUGCCCUGGGGCUAUGGCCAUGGUGACCGGCGGCUGGGGCGGCCCCGGCGGCGGCGGCGGCGACACGAACGGCGUGGACAAGGCGGGCGGCUACCCGCGCGCGGUCGAGGAAGACUCGGCCUCCCCUCCCGGCGCCGCCAGCGACGCGGAGCCGGGCGACGAGGAGCGGCCGGGGCUGCAGGUGGACUGCGUGGUGUGCGGGGACAAGUCGAGCGGCAAGCACUACGGCGUCUUCACCUGCGAGGGUUGCAAGAGCUUCUUCAAGCGGAGCAUCCGCCGCAACCUCAGCUACACCUGCCGGUCCAACCGUGACUGCCAGAUCGACCAGCAUCACCGGAACCAGUGCCAGUACUGCCGUCUCAAGAAGUGCUUCCGGGUGGGCAUGAGGAAGGAGGCGGUGCAGCGCGGCCGCAUCCCGCACUCGCUGCCGGGCGCCGUGGCCGCCUCCUCCGGCAGCCCGCCGGGCUCGGCGCUGGCGGCGGCGGCGGCGGGCGGAGACCUCUUCCCGGGGCAGCCGGUGUCGGAGCUGAUCGCGCAGCUGCUGCGCGCCGAGCCCUACCCCGCGGCGGCCGGGCGCUUCGGCGCGGGGGCCGGCGCGGCGGGCGCCGUGCUGGGCAUCGACAACGUGUGCGAGCUGGCGGCGCGGCUGCUCUUCAGCACCGUGGAGUGGGCGCGCCACGCGCCCUUCUUCCCCGAGCUGCCGGUCGCCGACCAGGUGGCGCUGCUGCGCCUCAGCUGGAGCGAGCUCUUCGUGCUGAACGCGGCGCAGGCGGCGCUGCCCCUGCACACGGCACCGCUGCUGGCCGCCGCCGGCCUCCACGCCGCGCCCAUGGCCGCCGAGCGCGCCGUGGCCUUCAUGGACCAGGUGCGCGCCUUCCAGGAGCAGGUGGACAAGCUGGGCCGCCUGCAGGUCGACUCGGCCGAGUACGGCUGCCUCAAGGCCAUCGCGCUCUUCACGCCGGAUGCCUGUGGCCUCUCGGACCCCGCGCACGUGGAGAGCCUGCAGGAGAAGGCGCAGGUGGCCCUCACCGAGUAUGUGCGGGCCCAGUACCCGUCCCAGCCACAGCGCUUCGGGCGCCUGCUGCUGCGGCUGCCCGCCCUGCGCGCCGUGCCCGCCUCCCUCAUAUCCCAGCUCUUCUUCAUGCGCCUGGUGGGCAAGACGCCCAUCGAGACGCUGAUCCGGGACAUGCUGCUGUCGGGCAGCACCUUCAGCUGGCCCUACGGCUCGGGCCAGUGAGCGCCGGGCGGGCGCCGGCCUCCGGGCAGGGAAGCCCGGCCGCCACGGGGACCCCAGGUGGAGGACCCCGGCUGCUGUCUUCGGACUCUUGUUUUUUUAAAGACUGUGAAAUGUUUGUCUUUUCUGUUUUUUAAAUGAUCAUGAAACCAAAACGAAACUGGUGGUUCAGACUCCAGCUUUGUCCUCCCCACAACCCCUGGCCAAGAUGGGGCCUAGGGCCUGAGGGGCCAGCGGUGGGGACCUCGUGGGCGUGGGGUGGGCUCCCCUGGUGUGAUGGACAGAGGCCUGGCAUCUGGACUGCAGGGGCAGCCCCAGUGGGCAGUGGUGGCGCGCCCCAGGUGGGUCCUCUGGACAUGUCAUCCCCGUCAGACACUACAUGACAAAUGAAUCAAGGCCACUAAUAAAAAUGUUUCCUGCCUGCA